AUGGACACCACCUCCACCCACAUGCAACAAGGCAUCCUGGGUAACGACAGUCUCAGCCUCCACCUCGACAGGCCGGGGUUCCACUCUGACAUCACCAAGCAUGUAGGAGUCCAGGCUGCUUUGAUCACAGCGUAUAGUCUGAUCAUCCUACUGGGUCUAGUAGGCAACGCCCUUGUCAUCUACAUGAUCAUCCGCUUACGGAACAUGAGGACAGUCACUAACUUCUUCAUAGCUAACCUGGCCCUGGCCGACCUGUUGGUGGAUACGUUGUGUUUACCGUUCACACUGGUUUAUACCUUGCUCGACGAGUGGAAGUUCGGCGCGGUGCUGUGUCACAUGGUCCCGUUCGCCCAGGCGCUGAGCGUGCACGUAUCGAUCCUGACGCUGACCGUCAUCGCUCUGGAGCGCUACAGGUGUAUCGUGUUCCACCUGGGCCAGCGACUCACCUGGCGAAGCAGCCUGCUCAUCAUGGCUCUCACCUGGACGCUGUCCGCCGUGCUGGCCGGCCCGCUCGCCAUCUUCAGAGAGUACCGUCAGGAGGAGAUCCCGUCCAUCAACCUGAGGAUCUCAGUCUGCUAUGAGAAGUGGCCGUACGGCAGCAGCAGAGACGGAGUCAUUUACAGCCUGUCUAUGUUACUGCUGCAGUACGUGCUGCCACUGUCCAUCAUCAGUUAUGCCUACAUCUGCAUCUGGGUGAAGCUGAAGAACCACGUGAGUCCAGCGAGCCGCAUCGACGCCAUCCAGCGCAGGAAGAAGACCACCAAGAUGCUGGUUAUGGUGGUUGUAGUCUUCGCCACAUGCUGGCUACCCUUCCACGUGUUUCAACUAGCCAGUGACCUAGACCUGGUCCUCAGAUUAAGACAAUACAAGCUCAUCUAUACUCUCUUCCACAUGGUAGCCAUGUGCUCCACCUUCGCCAACCCGCUCCUGUACGGCUGGAUGAAUAAGAACUACAGGAAUGGGUUCCUCAUGGUGUUCAGGUGUGAGGCUAAACCAGACAGUAUUCACCCUGAGGGAUCCUUCAGGACCCGGUCACUAAGGAGGAUGUCUCUGAAUGGAGGACACCCUCCUACGGCCGUCUGA